AUGAACAACAAUUAUUGGGAACAGCCAUACCGAAGCCGAAACCGCCGACGCAGACGCCCUUCCACAAAUCUCGGCCGCUGCGACGUGGCUCUCGGGAAAUACCCACACAUCAAGACCUCAACCCGCUUCUUCUUCUCUUCGUUGGACUCAGCUCCGCCCAUUCGUAUGUUUUGGAUGGAACAUUACGGGUCGAACACUUUCAUCGUAGAUUUUUUCAACUGGCACAGAGUAAAGGUACUCUACUGUGAUGGUGCUUCCUUCGCUGCGAAUGGUGACAAUGAGUUGCUUCCCCUCCACAGGGAGAAAUCAAAAGAAAACAUUGCACCCAUUUGGACUCUUAUUCGCCAUGGUCGUCUGGGCAGAGCACUCAGAUGUGAACGAAGAGUCCAAUUUCCUCCAACUCUUAACAACAGGGAUCCAAUUUUGAACUCAACAGAUCCAAUCCCAAUUUUAAUCUCUGUAUGUCAGUAUGUUCGAAUAACUUUAAAUUCGCGUUUCGUAAGCCCUUCAGCUGAUAAAUUGAGAGAUAAUGAUGUCAAGUUAGCUCAAAAUCUGAAAGAAUCUAAUUUGCUAGAUGAACGUGAGACUGAUAAACUUGGCGAGACAUUUUAUCUUCUCCCUAUUGUCGAUAAACCUGGCCACGAUGCACGAGGUAAAUCCUAG